AUGAAAGUAGCAAAGUUUCCAUGGUUGACUCACCGUGAAGAGUCGCGAAAGUAUGAAAUAUAUACAGUUGAUGUUAGUCCUGAUGGGAAGAGACUGGCUACUGGCGGCUUAGAUGGAAAGAUUAGGAUAUGGUCUAUAGAUUCCAUUUUGCAUUGCAUUGAAUUAGAAGCAGUAACUCCUAAAAUACCGCUUCCACAAGAUUUGCAGAUCCCAUUGUGUAGUAUGAGUAGGCAUACUGGCUCCAUAACAUGUGUCAAAUUUUCACCGGAUGGAAAAUAUCUUGCAAGUGGAUCUGACGAUAGGAUUUUGCUUAUAUGGGCUCUCGAUGAAGAGCAAGGCUCACAACCUGCCUUUGGUUCUGAAAAUGACAAGGAACAUUGGACUGUUCGUAAAAGAUUAGUUGCGCAUGAUAACGAUAUACAAGAUAUUUGCUGGGCACCGGACUCAAGCAUACUAGUGACAGUUGGUUUAGAUAGAUCUGUCAUAGUUUGGAACGGUUCCACUUUUGAAAAGUUAAAGAGAUUUGACGUACAUCAAUCUCUCGUUAAAGGUGUUGUUUUCGAUCCUGCUAAUAAGUACUUUGCCACCACAUCAGAUGAUAGAACCAUGAAGAUAUUUAGGUAUCAUAAGACUGGAGACGUUUCUUUCACGAUAGAACAUAUAAUUACGGAACCAUUCAAAAAGUCACCCUUGACCACAUACUUCAGAAGACCAUCAUGGUCUCCUGAUGGACAACAUAUCGCGGUUCCCAACGCUACUAAUGGGCCCGUCAGUUCCGUGGCCAUUGUAAAUAGAGGAACUUGGGAUACAAGCGUUAGCUUAAUUGGGCAUGAUGCGCCUACAGAAGUUGCAAGGUUUAAUCCUAGAUUGUUUGAGAGGGGUGGCGGCGUCAAAGAAAGAAAACACAAUGACCUAGAGGAUGGGCUAAUACAGCAAAAUGAGGAAAAUGUUCACCAAUUUGAUAAAAACAUCGACUCUGUUGUGGCAACUGCUGGACAAGAUAAAUCCCUGGCCGUUUGGAGUACGAGCAGGCCAAGACCGAUAUUUGUUGCUUUUGAUAUUGCGAAUAAGUCAAUUACUGACAUGUCUUGGAAUCCGAAUGGCUCUUUACUAUUUGUUGCAUCAUUAGACUCUUCAAUUACCUUGUUUAAAUUCGAGAAUGACGAAUUAGGUAAACCUAUCCCUCUGGAGAAAAAUACGGAGCAAUUGUAUAGAUACGGUGUCGACAAGGAUUCAUUGGAUUUUCCGGAAAGCAUUAAUCAAUUACUACUCGAGGAUCAAACCAAAAAUUUCAAAAAAACAAAGUUCUCAACAUCGAAACAAAGUGGAAAACCUCAAAUACUUGCAGCAGAUUCACUUUUUCAUCAAAAAAAAGAUAAAAAUGAUGCUUGUGCACUUAAAGGUGAACAUGUAAAUAUCUUGAUUCCAAAGAGGAAAAAGGAUGCUAAAUUAAAUAAAGCAGUAACUCUCAAAAGUGGUAAAAAACGUGUAACUCCUACAUUAAUUUCGACUUCAUCAUCAUCUCCUUUUCCCAAUGCAAUCAAAAAACCUACAUUGGAUAAUAGGAAACUUGAAAAUAAUUUGAAAGCGUCCACUAAGGCGGUCACUAAUAAUAAUUUAUUUUUUAAUGCACUAGAGGGUAUCGAAAAGAAAAUCAGUAUCGCAUCAUUUCCGUUACCAAGAUUAGGUAUACAUUCCUUAAUUAUGGGUACAAAAGAAAGAAGUACAAGAAAAGCCGCAAAUUCAGAAUUUGACAAUGAUGAUCCAGGUAAUACAAUUAUCAAAGGUACAGAUGGUACGAACGACAGCAUUGACGAAAUUACAAUUCUUUCAGAGGAUGAAAACGACUUUCACAGGAUGACUUUGAACGCUAAGUUAACACAGGAGAAGAUUUGGAGCGAAGAACCAACAACACGAUACCUUACGCAAUCUGACAUUAUACCAGACACAGAUGUUGUUAUACUUGAAGAGGGUGACUUGAACGAUAUAGCCGUCUUGGAAAUAAGAAAUGGUGUAGAGAGAUCAAUACAGUUUGAUUUUGAGGCACUUCUGGAUAAUCCUACCAAAAUACUAGGCUACCAAGGAGGUAAAAGAACUAUCGAAGCAUUUAUCCCAGAAGUUAUCAUUUGUGCUGUGGGAUCAAAGAAUUGCAAGUGUUGGUGUUUAGCUUCUGCUAACGGUUCUAUAUACAUCCUCUCAUAUAACGGACAGCAGAAAAUCCCUAAAAUUAGCCUGGGACAUAAGGUAAUUAAGAUGGUAACAUCGAGCAAAUAUCUAGUUGUUUUGACUGAAAGGGGAUUAUUCUUUGCCUGGGAUUUACUAGACUUAAAAUCGGUGCUGCGAAAUGUACCCAUCUUGCCAAUCUUGAAUGGUCAACCAACUCAAGGAAACAAGGUAAGGAUAAAAAAACUCAUCAGGUGCUUUCGUCUGGACAGCUCUACUUGCGACUUGUUUUUAGAAGUUAAUGAUCCUAGAAAUAUAUACAAAUGGUCCAAAGAUCUUGGUUGUUGGUCUCUUCAUAAAUAA